ACUACUGCUUAUAAAUAAACUCACAAUGAAUAAAAAAAUUAUUUGUGCAAAAUGAAGACAACCUGUUUGAUUAUUUUAAUGUUAUUCUUAACUUUAUAUCAAACUCAAGCCCUAAGAUGCCGGUCAGGAAACCAAAAACUGAGCGACGAUAUCCGAAAAGUGAUGCAAAAAUGCAAGCGGCGAUCAAAUUCCAAUAAAUCCGAUGACUCUAACGAUUCGAGCAGUGAAAAUUCUGACGGAGAUUCUUCAUCCGACAGCGAUAUCUUCGACGAAGAUUUUUUUAACUCCAGAAGAGAUGACAGCAACUCGAAGACUCGGAUGAUUAGGUCCAGACACCAAGAGUACAAGCAAGAAGAAGUCAGGCCUUAUUACAUGAAAAAUCAUACCCACAAACAAGACAGGAUGUCUGAUGACAAUUAUUACAGCAGCAAUAAUAAUAACAAUAAUAAUAACAAUCACAAUAAAAACAGAGAUAAAGAUUCAAGAGACGGUUUCUCUGAUAGAAACAAAAAUCAAGAUGAACAAUCCUGUGUGACUCAAUGCUUCUUCGAUGAACUAAAGUUAACCAACAGACAAGGAUUUCCAGACCGUACUUCGGUGAUAAAUAUGAUGCUCCAGGGAAUUCAUGACCCCAUGGUACGAGAUUUUAUCGAGCAGUCUAUUAUCGAGUGUUUUCAUUUUGUCUAUGGCUUGCAUUUGGAUAAAUGCACAUUUUCAAAAAAUUUGUUGUCUUGUUUUGCUGAUAAAGCCCGAGAGCGAUGCGAGGAUUGGGACGAUUGAAUAAAAUUUUCUUGACAAUUCACAAAAGAAAAAAUAUUUCUUCAUCUACUUAAAAAGUAAUUAAAAUAAUGAACUUUAAUUGAUAGUAAUUUUUAAUUUGACUACAACUAUUUAAAGUAUAACAAAAUUAUGUAAUGGAAGCUAAAUAUAUAGAUAUAUAUAUAUUUAAUAAAAAGUAGUAAAGAUAAUUAAUAGCUUUGCUUAUAAUUAUGUCUGUACACUUCCUAUAUACAUUUUUGUUUAAUAGCAGAUAAUUAGCCCGUGUGUUUAUAAUUUUAAAAAAUAUUAUUGAUAAAAAGGCACUAACAUAAAAGCAAAAAAAAAAAAAAAAAUAAGUGUUACAAUACUUGGAUACGUAUGUAAUUUAAAGUUAAUAUUCAAUAAAAAAUAUUUUAUGGUGAGUUU